CGCGCUGACAUUUACUGGCUGACAACUUGUUCUCCCGGCUGCAGCAUGGAUGGAAACAUGGAAUUAUCAGAGAUCGCACAGAAGCUGUGGGACAGCGAUGUGAACCGGCUGCAGCCUGGCAAAGAUUACAGGAUCUCUCUGCAGGGGAAAGCCGGACAGGCACCGAGCAGCCAGGACACGGAAAACCGAGCACCGCUGCCACUCUUCAACUACGUCAACGAGGAAAUCUUCAAGAAGGAAACGUUUUCCGCCUUUAUCUCGCUGCUGGAUAACUAUGUCGCUGACACCGGGGAACCCGAGGUGGUCACCGCACAGGAGGAGCAGGAAAACCACCGCUUCCUGGACGCUCUAAUGGAGACGCCCGUCCUGCAGAUUGCUCACAGUUACCUGGUGAAGAAGGGACAGGCGCAGGCCAGCAAGGAGAAGUUCAAGCAGCAGCUGUAUGACAUCUGGUUCCGCCUGUACGCCCGGAGAGGUUCCAGUCAGCCCGACUCCUCCGGUUUCGAGCACGUGUUUGUGGGGGAGACGCGAGGAGGCCGCACGGUCAUCGGUUUCCACAACUGGAUCCAGCUGUAUUUCCAGGAGAAGCUCGGCAACGUGGAUUACAAGGGCUACGCCUUCCAGAACAGCCAGGUGCCGGAUGAGAACAAGCACCUGAUCACGCUGCAGUUUAGCUGGAAGAAGGGGAUUAAGCCUCGGGGAAGCUGCUUUAUUGGGGUCAGCCCGGAAUUCGAGUUCGCUCUUUACACCAUCACGUUCCUCAAGUCCUCAGCCGAGCGUAACAAGCUGACGUUCAGCCGCUACGAGGUGGAGAUCGUGUGUCACAGCACCAACAACCGGCACAUCGAGACCACCUAUCCUAUUCUCCUCCGCUACCUGUAACCCCCUCCGCCACCUGUAAUUCACUCCACCCUCUGCAUUCUCUCUUCCCC